AGUUAAAUAAUGAUGUAAUGUGGAAGGCACGCUAAUCAAUCUCUUUGAAGAAAAUUGAUCAUAAUCCUCUCUUUAUAAGUGGGUUUGGUGCAUUCACAAUCAUAGCAAAAUUAUAUGUAUUAAUUUAAGUCGUCGUUUUUGAAGCUAUAAUGGAUUAUGAUCAUGUCAUCAUAUUCUUGUUAUUAUCGUGGAUUGCUUCUUCUGCAAUUGGAGCAACAAAUAUUUACAACGUUUUGAGUUACGGAGCUGUCGGAAAUGGAAAAGCCGAUGAUUCGCAAGCAUUUUUGAAGGCGUGGAAUGCAGCAUGCCAAGCUCCGGUUAGAUCGGGUGUUAUCCCUGUAGUUUAUGUACCUGCAAAGAAGACCUUUCUUUUGGACCCUUUGACCUUCAAGGGCCCAUGCAAGUCUUCUCGUAUUUACAUGCUGGUGUCCGGAAAUAUUGUAGCACCGGUGAAAACAGCAUGGAGUGGGAAACAAGUAGAAGGAUGGAUCAUAUUUACUAGUGUGAAUGGCCUUAUUAUCAAAGGAAAAGGCGUGUUUGAUGGGAAAGGCGCUUCUUGGUGGCCUUCUACACCCUGUUACAAUGAUCCAGCUAAUGGUGUUCUCUGCAAGGGACCAGCUGGGAUGAUAUUCCGGAGAUGUGACGGGCUAAGGCUAGAUGGAUUUACAAAAAUUAAUGGCCCCGGUAGCCAUAUGGUAAUUAUGUCUACUAAUGACGCCGUCGUCUCUAAUCUCAUUAUAAUCGCCCCCGGAGAUAGCCCUAAUACAGAUGCAAUCGACAUUUCCGGCUCCACUAGAGUACAAAUUAGGAAUUCUUUCAUUGCAACAGGUGAUGACUGCAUUGCUAUAACUGCGGGAUCUUCCAAUAUUGAUAUUAGUGGAAUUACAUGCGGGCCGGGUCAUGGUAUCAGUAUUGGAUCGUUGGGAGGUGGAGGGUUGGAUGUGGUUGAGAAUGUACGCGUCCGAAAUUGUACUCUCAAAAACACUCUCACUGGAGUCAGAAUUAAGACCGUGCAGGGAGGCAAAGGAUAUGCAAGAAAGAUAUCAUUUCAAGGAAUAAAGUUUGAGGCUGUGGAUAACCCCAUUCAAAUAGAACAAUUUUAUUGCCCUCUUCAACAGAAUUGCAGAAAUGAUACAUCAUCAGUGGCGAUAAGCGAUGUGACGUUCAGUGCAAUAAGUGGAACAUCAAUUGCAGAGAAUGUGAUUAGUUUGAAAUGCAGCCAAACAAACGCAUGCAAAAAUAUAAGAUUAGAUCGAGUUUACAUAAAACCGUCCAAUCCCAAAAACAAAGUUUCUGCGGUUUGUUUCAAUGCUCAUGGAAUAGCCACUCACACAAAACCAGCUGUCAAGUGUCUUUUGCCUUAGAGAGGAACUCUUUUUCAUAAAUGUCUAUUAUUUUGUAUUUUUAUGUAAAUUAUUGUUGUUACGUGUGUUAAUUCGUUCCGUUUAUGUUAAUUCUGGAUAAAUAAACGGUGAUUUUAAUGA